AUGGGCAUUCUGGAGAAAAUCGCGGAAAUAGAGAGAGAAAUUUCUCGGACACAGAAAAAUAAAGCCACCGAGUACCAUCUGGGUUUGCUGAAGGCCAAGUUAGCCAAAUACAGAGCCCAGCUUCUGGAACCCUCCAAGUCAGCGGGGGCCAAAGGCGAGGGUUUCGAUGUUAUGAAAUCAGGAGAUGCUCGAGUUGCUCUCAUAGGUUUCCCCUCUGUGGGUAAGUCCACCUUUCUCAGCUUAAUGACAUCAACGGCCAGUGAAGCAGCGUCCUACGAGUUCACCACACUCACUUGCAUACCUGGUGUUAUCGAGUACAAGGGGGCCAACAUCCAGUUGCUUGAUCUGCCAGGAAUCAUAGAGGGCGCUGCCCAAGGGAAAGGAAGAGGUCGACAAGUCAUCGCCGUUGCCAGAACGGCAGAUGUUGUCAUCAUGAUGCUGGACGCCACCAAAGGAGACGUUCAGAGGGAACUUCUAGAGAAAGAGCUGGAGUCGGUGGGCAUCAGGCUCAACAGGACAAAGCCAAAUAUUUAUUUUAAGCCCAAGAAAGGAGGCGGCCUCUCCUACAACUCCACGGUUCCUCUCACCCACUGCUCAGAGAAGCUCGUCCAGCUCAUCCUCCACGAAUACAAAAUCUUUAACGCAGAAGUGCUCUUCAGAGAGGACAGCACGCCGGACGAGUUCAUCGACGUGAUCGUGGGGAACAGAGUUUACAUGCCUUGUCUUUAUGUGUACAACAAGGUGGACCAGAUCUCCAUCGAGGAGGUGGACCGGCUGGCACGCAGAGCCCACAGUGUUGUGGUCAGCUGUGGCAUGAAGCUGAACUUGGAUUACCUUCUGGAGAGGUUGUGGGAAUACCUGGCGCUGAUCUGCAUUUACACGAAGAAAAGAGGAGAGCGCCCAGACUUUAACGACGCCAUCAUCAUGAGGAGAGGAGCAAGCGUAGAACACGUGUGCCACAGAAUCCACAGAACCUUAGCCAGCCAGUUCAAAUACGCUUUGGUGUGGGGAACCAGUACGAAGUACAGUCCUCAGAGAGUGGGCCUAACACACAUCAUGGAGCACGAAGAUGUCAUCCAAAUAGUUAAGAAGUAA